AUGUCUUCGCGAGGAGCGCGGAUGGACUGGCGCCGAGCGGCGCGCGCGCCCGCCCGCCUCGCGCCGCCCCACCACCCGCUGAAAGCUUUCCGCCCGCCCCGGCCGCCCGACCACCGGCACCGAGCGCUGCACUCGAUACUAACUCGAUCCGACGAAGUUUUGCGCAAAGCAACAGAGAGUCAGAAGGGUAUCAAGUGGGGAAGUGAUCAGCUGAAUGAUCUUGACUACGCUGAUGAUAUUUGCUUAUUAGCAACAACUCUGCAAGAUCUCACAUGCACCGCUAAUGCAGUUCAGGAUGAAGCGCAAAAAACAGGCUUAAGAGUUAAUGCGCAAAAAACUGUAGCGAUGAGGGUGGUGACCCCGAACCGUGACCUUAUUAAAAUCGGGGAUAAACAGGUGGUAGAUGUGCCCUAUUUCUGCUAUCUGGGAAGUGUUCUCACACCUACUGGCGGAACAGAUGACGAUGUGGAUGGCAGGAUUAAAAAGGCAAAAGGCGCAUUUGCCCAGCUGACACCGAUAUGGCGGUCAAACAUCAUAUCACGAGACCUCAAGCUCCGUAUAUUUGUCAGCAAUGUCAAAUCAGUCCUGCUGUAUGGUUGCGAGACGUGGAAAGUGACCAAAUCAAUCUCCACUAAGUUACAAGUUUGCGUCAAUAAACAUCUGCGGCAAAUUCUGCGAGUGUUCUGGCCUGAAACCAUAUCCAAUGAAGACCUCUGGAAGGAAACGCGACAGGAACCCAUAAAUAAAGAGAUCCUCAGAAGAAAGUGGAGUUGGAUUGGACACUGCCUCAGAAGACCAGAGGGGAAUAUCGCCAAAAUGGCGUUAGAUUGGAAUCCGCCGCAGGGCAGACGGCGCAAAGGGCGACCUGCAAUAACUUGGAGGCGAUCCAUUCUCAGCGACCUCAAUGCCGUCGGAAUCUCCUGGGACGAAGCCAAAGAAAGAGCCCAGGACAGGAACGUCUGGAGAAGAACUGUGGAGGCCCUAUGCUCCUCGUGGAGUUAG